AUGCCUCUGCUGGGUGGGGGCCAGGGCGGGGGGCCGCAGGCCUGGGGCUGGGCUGCUGAGGCCGUCACGCUGUCCUCGGGCUCCUUGCAAGAUACAAGGGAGGCGAUUCGAAGUCGUCACCUCGCCCUAAAUAGACCAACCCAACCUCAGCACCCCCCUCCCAAGACUUCUUGGCCUGGACGGCGGCAGCGGCGGCGGGGCCGGGCCAGGCGGCCUGGGCAGGUGGGGAGGUCCCUGUGCCCCCAUUGUCAUUUCGGGCACACUUUCUCCUCUUACUGCCCGCCCCCGCCCCGGGGAAUUCCAAGACGUGGCCCUGAAGGAGGUGGGGGUGGGGGGCGGGUUGGUGCUGUCCCCGCCCCGCCGGGUGCAGGGCAGGCGGGCAGGGGCCCUGACCCCCUCACCUUUCUCUCCCGCAGGCUAUCAGCCCAGGACUGCACAAUGGGGGAUGAGGAGAAACGCAACAGGGCCAUCACGGCCCGCAGGCAGCACCUGAAGAGCGUCAUGCUGCAGAUCGCGGCCACGGAGCUGGAGAAGGAGGAGGGCCGCCGGGAGGCGGAGAAGCAGAACUACCUGUCGGAGCACUGCCCGCCGCUGCAUCUCCCCGGCUCCAUGUCCGAAGUGCAGGAGCUCUGCAGACAGCUGCACGCCAAGAUCGACGCGGCCGAGGAGGAGAAAUACGACAUGGAGGUGAAGGUGCAGAAGAGCACCAAGGAGCUGGAGGACAUGAACCAGAAGCUGUUCGACCUGAGGGGCAAGUUCAAGAGGCCCCCGCUGCGCCGCGUGCGCAUGUCGGCCGACGCCAUGCUGAAGGCUCUGCUGGGCUCCAAACACAAGGUGUGCAUGGACCUGCGGGCCAACCUCAAGCAGGUCAAGAAGGAGGACACAGAGAAGGAGCGCGACCUGCGGGACGUGGGCGACUGGAGGAAGAACAUCGAGGAGAAGUCGGGCAUGGAGGGCCGCAAGAAGAUGUUCGAGACCGAGUCCUAGGCCCCUCACCCCCGGCCACCGCCCAGCACCCCUGCAACCUCGGGGGCCCCCCGAGGCCGGCUUGGCACCUGUCAAUAAAGGAUUCCAAUCCCCA